UGUGAUUCCAAGUCAUCGCACACCUGCAGAAGAAGAGAAGGAGCAGCUGAUCUGAGAUCUGCAGCAGGAUGAAGAGCCGCCUGUCAUCUCUGGAGAUUCUCCUCAUCAUCAUUUCGUCACUUCUGCUCAUCUGUUGCAUCGGUUUGGCCGUGGUCUCAUCGCUGAGCCUGAAGCCCAAAGGUGCCACCGAGCCUGUGCAGCUGAUGGGUCGGAUGGUGAUCGUGGAGGGAGCCGUGUUCUCUGAAGAGCUGAAGAACUUCAGCAGCCCACAGUUCAAAUCUCUGGCCUUCGACGUGCAGCAGCUGGUCUCUGAGGCAUUCAGCGCCAGCGAGCUCCGGCAGCUGUACGAGUCGUGUUGGGUUCAGGACUUCAGUCGGGGCAGCGUGGUGGUGACCUUCUCCCUCCGGUUCAGUCAGCUGAUUGAUGUGAAGGAGGUGGAGCAGGUGCUGGGGGCAGGGCUUCAGAGGAUCGAAGGUGGAGUUUUGGUGAUUGACACAAAGACUAUCAGCAUCACAGAAUUAACUGCAUCUGGAACAACAUCUGCAGCAACAGCAUCUGCAGCUAUAACUGCAUCUCAAACAUCUGGAACAACAGUCUCUGCAGGGACCAGCAUCAACCCUACAGGAGUAACGUGUGGUCCUUAUCAAACUCCCUGUGCUGAUGAGAUGACGUGUAUUCUGACUAGUCAGCUAUGUGAUGGAGUGGACGACUGUCCCGAUGCCUCUGAUGAAACUGAUGCUCUCUGUGCAACAGCAUGUGAUGGACAGUUUGUUCUGAGGGGCCCAAUCGGGUUGUUUACUUCUGUCGCUGGAUCAUCAGACGAGGACAAGCUCACCUGCACCUUCGAGCAGGGCAUGUGUUUCUGGAGGCAGCAGCAAGAUGAUAACGGGGACUGGUUUCGAAUCAGAGGCCCCACUUUCCCGAGUUUAACUGGCCCGAGUGUCGACCACACGCUUGGUAACAGCUCAGGUUUCUACAUUGUCACUUCUAAGAGUCCUGGCCAAUGGGAGAAGAGCUUCAGGCUCGACAGCCUCCCUCUGACUCCAUCCAUGCAGCCCAUGUGUCUGAGCUUCUGGUACCACAUGUUUGGACAGGAUGUCCACCAGCUCAGACUCUGGCUGCUGAUGGAAUCUGAUGUUACCGUGUUCCAGAAAGAUGGUGACUAUGGCGACACCUGGAACUAUGGCCAGGUGACCCUUAACCUGACAUCAGAGGCUAUGGUGGUGUUUGAAGCUCUGAAGAAAGGAGGGAUGUUGAAUGACAUUGCUCUGGAUGACAUCACACUGACCUCUGAUGCCUGUGGACCCGCCCCCCCUGAACCCACCAACGUACCACCUCCAACAACCACACCCCCCAUACCAGCUGACUGUGGAGGCCCGUUUGACCUCUGGGAGCCAAACUCUACGUUCAACACACCAAACUACCCAGAAUCCUAUGGGAAUGGGGCAGAGUGUCUGUGGACUCUGCAUGCUUUGGAAGGUCACAAUAUUCAGCUCCACUUCCUGGACUUUGAUAUUGAAGCAUCCAGUGAUAUGGUGGAAGUGCGGGAUGGGGCGGGGUCUAACUCCACCUUACUGGCUGUCCUCACAGGAAAUGGCCCCACCCAUGACUUGUUCUCAACAGCCAAUCAAGUUACAGUGUGGUUCUAUACAGACAGUUCAGUUUCUGGGAAAGGAUUCAGAGCCAACUUCACCUCUGGGGUCAACCUGGGGUCACCAGCUCCGUGUGCUGAUGGUCAGUUCCAGUGUCAGACAGGAAGUUGCAUCCAUGGUAACAAUCAGUGUGAUGGUGUGGUCGACUGUCCCGACGGCUCUGAUGAAGCCAAAUGUGUUAUGUUGCAGGUAAAUGGUUCCAGUCGGCUCCAGGUUCAAAUUGUCUCCUCUCUGUUCACGGUGUGCACUGACACCUGGAAUUCUCAACUGUCUAACUUCACCUGUCAGUACCUUGGAUACAGGUCCGGGGAGGCCUCGUUCCUGCAGGCUCGGCCACAAGACUCGCCAUUUGCUCUCAUCACAAUCAGCAGUGAUGGGACACUGAAAACCAACAUCAGUGAAACUUGCCACAGAGAGGAAGUGAUGUCACUGGCCUGUAAUAACCAGCCAUGUGGAGUCCGUCAGGUCACAAAUGUCUCAAGGGAGGCAGACCAAUCAGAACACGGGACACCUGGUGAUGAAGGUGCUGGCCGAGUGGUGGGCGGGGUUAAUGCUGAGGAGGGUGCAUGGCCAUGGAUAGUGUCUCUUCUUUGGAGGGGACAUCAUGCCUGCGGAGCAUCAGUGAUUGGCAGUGACUGGCUGCUGACUGCGGCUCACUGCGUUUAUGGGAAGAACGUUGACCUCCAAUCAUGGUCGGCGGUUCUCGGUCUUCACGCUCAGAAUGAUCAAACCUCAGAGGCUGUUCAGACCAGACAAGUCGAUCGCAUCGUCUUCAACGAGCAGUACAACAGACGGACCAAACAGGCCGACAUCGCCAUGAUGCAUCUGCAGCAGCCAAUCAACUUCACCCAGUGGGUCCAGCCGGUGUGUUUACCACCUGAAGGUCAGAAUUUCACAGCAGGAAGAAAAUGUUUCAUCGCUGGCUGGGGACGAGACACUGACGGUUCUCUCCCCAAUGUUCUCCAGGAAGCCAAGAUUCCACUGGUGGAUCAGAAUCUGUGUCAGCAGCAGUUACCGGAGUACACCAUCACCUCCAGCAUGCUCUGCGCCGGAUACCCAGAGGGAGGGGUCGACUCCUGUCAGGGCGACUCUGGUGGUCCUCUGAUGUGUCUGGAUGAUGGAAGCUGGACUCUGAUUGGUGUGACCUCAUUUGGUGCAGGCUGUGGACUUCCUCAGAAACCCGGAGUCUACGCUAGAGUCUCGGCCUUCACUUCCUGGAUCGCUCAAACCCGACGUUCCUCCUCUUCAUCACACUUUAAAGAUCCACUGUGACCUUCCACGUGUUCCGAUUAUAAAAGAGUCACAUGACACACUAACGGUGUCAGCUGACUAGAUGGAAACACAUUUCCAAAGAGAAAUCAAUCAAGUUUGAUUGUUUCAAAUAAAAAUCUGAUUAAUCAAGUCUAUGAAAUAAAGAUUUUAUUCUAAAACUUUCAUUAUGGUGUAAUAUCAAAAUCUGUCAGCAGGUGGCAGCAGAACACAGUGACCAAAAAGAUGCCUUCAGCUCUUUAUGUUUAUCAGUAACAACAAGAACAGAAAUGUGUUGAAUGUAGAGAAAAUAUCAAACCUGUGAUUCUAAAAUCUCUUCUCUUUUUGUAUCAGUCUAAACAAAAUAAAUGAAA